CCAUCUAGGCGCGGCUCGGCCCGUCGCAUGGAUCCAGAUGUUCUCGUGGGGCCGUAGCAAGCAGUCCUCGCCCGCCUCCUCCUCCGGCCGCCGCGGCGACGCCCCCAUGGACUCCGGCGGCAGCAGCCGCCGCGGAAGCGGCAGCGGGAGCGGGAGCCGCGGACGGAGCCCGCGGCUGGAGCGCCGCAACGCCGCCAAGCACAUCGACUACGAGGCGGGCGGGCCGACGUCCGUGUCGGCGUCGUGGUCCUCCUCCGCCUCGGCCUCGUCGGCCGACCGCUCCCCGGGGGUCCGCCCCUCGCGCUCGCUCGACCUGGCGGCCAGGGGCGGCACGGACUUCCGCGUCAGCGGCAGCGCCGAGGGGGAGGUGGACGAGCUCUGCCGCAGCCUGGGGCUGUCGGGGCCCGAGGACUUCGCCAUCCCCGUCGCCGCCUGGGAGGCCCGCAAGGCGCGCUCCAGCAACGACCUCCUCUCCCGCGCCGCCCGCCCGGACCCGGACACGUCCAAUCCCCCCUUGGCAGACCCCGCCCCCGUCGUCCGCACCACCUCCGCCCCCGACGGCCCCUGGCCCGCGCCCCUCUCCUUCCCCGACCCCAUUCCCGAGGAGUCCAUCCACUCCUCCGCCACCUCCACCGCCACCGCCACCGACUCGGUGGAGGAGCUCACCACCUCCAUCCCGCCGCCAGCGGAAUCCCCCAAACCCACCCCUACGGCUGCUCUUACGGCGCACGUCGCGGGCCUGUCCCUCCUCUCGCCGAGAAAGACAACCGGGGAGGUCGGGAUCCGGGGCGUCCGGCCGCCGCUGCUCUCCCCGCCUCCACCGAUCACGGGGCUCGCACCGCCACCGGUGAGGCAGCCGUCCAAUGGCAAGUUCAAGCGGAACAUCAAGCCAUGGAUGCGUGGUGCGCUUCUGGGGAGUGGCUCGUUCGGGACCGUGUACGAGGGGAUCAGUGAUGAAGGUGCGUUUUUUGCUGUUAAGGAAGUGUCUUUGCUUGACCAAGGAAGCAAUGCACAGCAAUCUAUUCUAGCACUUGAACAGGAAAUCGCUCUGCUUAGUCAGUUCGAACAUGAAAAUAUAGUCCAGUAUUAUGGAACUGACAAGGAAGAAUCGAAACUCUACAUUUUUAUUGAGCUUGUUACACAAGGUUCUCUUUCAUCUCUCUAUCAGAAGUAUAAACUACGUGAUUCACAAGUCUCUGCAUACACAAGACAGAUUCUGAAUGGAUUAGUCUAUCUCCAUGACAGAAAUGUGGUCCACAGAGAUAUCAAAUGCGCCAAUAUAUUGGUUCAUGCAAAUGGAUCGGUAAAACUUGCGGAUUUUGGAUUGGCAAAGGAGAUGUCUAAAAUCAAUAUGCUGAGAUCAUGCAAAGGAAGUGUUUAUUGGAUGGCACCUGAGGUUGUUAAUCCGAGAAAAACGUAUGGGCCUGCAGCUGAUAUGUGGAGCCUUGGCUGCACUGUGUUAGAAAUGCUGACCCGCCAAAUACCUUAUCCUAAUGUGGAGUGGACAAAUGCUUUCUUUAUGAUUGGAAGAGGAGAACAGCCUCCCAUGCCCAGCUACUUGUCAAAAGAAGCUCAAGAUUUCAUCGGCCAGUGUGUAAGAGUUGAUCCAGAGGAGCGACCUACCGCAUCAGAACUUUUGGCGCACCCAUUUGUAAACAGGCCACUACGAGCUUCUUUUGAUUCUCUGUCUCCUCCGACCAAUAGGCAAUAGUAUUGAUAGUGUGGUGUCCCUGUUCGUGCUACCU